AUGGUAGAGGUACGUCUUUGGCAGAUGCCUUAUUUUGAUGAUAAACGUUACGAGACGCAAACGUUUGAAACUAAUUAUAGAAGUGAUGAACGUGCUGCGGCACUCAGCUUCAUGGCAACCUUAUGGGUGGUUUCUCUGACAAGAGUUAACUCUGACGACGUAAAUGAAUAUUACUACGCCCCUCUUGCAUACGGCACUGCUACUUCCGGUUGCGAGAUGACACUUCAAGCGUAUCCUAAUGUCGCAGAUGGACAAGAUUUAUACAUAACUAUGAUGACACGAUACAACGAAAGCUAUACUGAUGAUACAAAUCUAACACUUGUCUCUUCCAUGAUGUACAGAUCGCCUCGUAUCCUAGCACACGUUCACCGAUUCACAUCAGACGCUCGCCCAAAUAUGCAGAUAUUGUCAGACAAGGGGGAUCCAAUGUACAUACCAUCUUCGCAUCAAUUGGCGACGGCCUAUUUACUUCUGCUAGACGACGCUAGCCAACAUGAACAACAAGGUGUUUAUGUGGUGGGGAUGAAGGAUAACACAACAGUCAAUGUAUACAUGAAUACUAACACCUCUUCUAUUACUUCUUUGGAGAUGGUCGCUUCUAUGCAAAUCAACAAUUACGAAACUGUAUUGUUGAACUCUACGUAUACUUUAGAUGGUGUCCGAAUGAACAGCAGCCAGUGCUUUGGUAUCGUUGUGAUGUCAGGAAAGGCUGGGAGUCAAUGCAAUUUCAGUACAGAUUUUACGUGGGAACGCCUUCCAUCUACAAAUUUUAUGGGUCAGGAGUUCCACAUUAUGUCCCCGUCAAAUAAGACUGUCCACAUGUGUAAAUUCAUAGGUGUACUGGAAGGAAAUAUUUCAGUCACAAGCGACGGGAAUUCCUCAUUUUAUGACACGUUACCAUAUAUGCCACUGACCGUGAACUUGACUGGUCAAUCGGAAGUUGUUGUAUUGUCUGCGGAGCCAAUUCAAACCUUAUGUACCACGUGGGUGCAGCAUCCAACGUCACAUGACCAACAAACGUACCGGAAUCAGUAUUUACCGCUUCCAAUGGAUUACAUGUCCAGCUGUAACGUCGCCGUAGUUCAAAACUGCGUGAACAACACUUGCAUUCUUGCCAUGAGCGCGAGUACGUCUGGUUUCUUAGAUAUCAGGCGAUCGAGUGAAAAAUCAAAAACUACUAUCGAGUCCGCUCGGACUGUUGUACUUGAAGACAGAAAGUUCCAUAUAUGGAAUAUUUGGAAUCUGACUGAUGACGUAUAUGUGCUAGAGACACAGGAUAACAUUCCCCUCAUGGUGUUCGUACAGGACUUAUCUGUCGGACGUUUCUUUCCACUAGAACCGUCGGCGUGCAACGCAUCGGUGGACUCCCAGUCAAUCUCAGUCACACCUGGGAACAAAGCUGCUUCGACUGCUGUCACGAUAGCGACUCAUACUCAAGUCGUAAAUUCAACGGGAGAAAACAGUUUCCCCUCAUAUAGCAAUACAACGGCAAUCGAUUCGACCGGCACCUCCAUCACCAGCUCAAUCAGCAGUUCAUCAGUGACCUCAACCGUUAAGUCAACAACAUCUCCUACAACAAAACACGUGGUCGUAUCAAAAUAUUCAUUCAUGUACGAUGACAUUUCUGAUGAUGACAGAAUCCUUAAUGAGUAUAUGAUAGCCGUUAUUGUUUCCUUGGGAACGGCAAUAUUCGCUGUUGUCGCAGUGCUUUCUACUUUUUUAUUGUUAGAAGUUCUCUCCAGGAGAAGACAACUUGGAAACAGUAAAAUCAGACCCAUGGUAUCUUAG